UCCACCACAAUGAUCGAUAUUUAGGGACACCCAUCCACCUCUACAAGAACUCAGUUGUUAGCCAGCCUUGGACUGGGCAAAGCUUUGACCCACAUUUAUCAAGGUGUUGGUAACAAAUUGUGAUAUCAAUGGAGUCGACUUAUUCUUCCUCCACUGAAGAUGACUCUUCCUCUGGAUCGCGCUCCUCGACUUCAUCCCCUGGACUCCACCCCGAUUACGAAUACCUCAAUGGAGUCCUCAUGUGUUAUAUGCGGGCUGAUAAUCCCUUUACCCGUGGCCUUGAAUAUCACCAGCUUUUCAAAGACAAUGUGAGAACCGAUACGGCCAUCAUAUGCAAUGGCGAGUAUUACUACUACGUUCAUUGGAUUGUGAUUAGCUCUCAAUGGAGCUAUUUGAGAGUUCUCUUCGAAAAUGUUAUUAAGCCAGAAGAACCCUUUACCCGGGUCAUCCGCAUCGAUGGACCAUCUUUGGAACUCUUUGACGAGGUCAUUCGCUUUCUCUAUUUGGGUGAAUCCUUGAUUCCCUCCAUACAAAGGCAGACCUUCCAAAGGCUGUUGUGUGGACUUCAGAUUUUGUACAUAUAUCCACCCGAUAUGAGUCUAGCUGUGGAUCUUCCUCUGCUAACCUUUCAUACCUCUCUGGGACCUUGGCACUACAUCAACCACCGGGAAUCGAACCCGGCCUUUGUGCCAAGAUCGAGUCUGCGUCCACAACGCUGAUAUGAGAUCUACCUCACGACUGGUGGUAAAACAAUAACUUGGGAACAAUAAAUUGUCAAUCGCGA